CUGCAGUGGGUCUUUAAUUAAGGAGAACGGAAGUGAAGGUUUGUCUCUGUCAACUCUCUGAUCUCCGUUUGAGGUUCACAAGAAAGAAUUUAUUUAUUUAUUUAAACACUUUUCGAACUGCAGCAGAGAUUUUAUUUUGAAGUCCCGGACAGGAAGUGAUGCUGCCCGCACGCCCGCAGCCUCGCGGCUCAGCUGUGGUCCUCUGUGCUCGUGCACGGAUGCAUCAUGACAGCGUGCACGGACACCUCCGACUGCCGGGACGGACGCCCUCCUGCCCGCCGCGCGAGCCGUCCUCCGCGCGCUCAGAUCCCUGCCAUAUGAGCCCGCUGCAUUAUGGGAAGCUCUUCGUCUUCCUCCUUCCUGGUUGACGAGACCGACAGUGAUGGUCCUCCAAGGGGUGGGGCUCUGCCCCCCUCCCCCAACACGGGGUGUCUGAGGAGUAGCCAGAGCUCCUUCAUCCCACGACAGAUCGCUGGACGACAUCGAGAACGCAGUUUCUCCUCCGGUUCCAUGCCGGCGCUCCAGACCCAGUGGACCUGUGGCUGCUGUACUUUCCUGAACUCGGCGGGCGCCCCCCGCUGCUCCAUCUGUGAAGCCCCCCGGCGAGGAUCCGUUCCCCGCUGGCUGAGACCCGGCACCAGCAGACCCGGUUCUGGAUGGUCCUGCCCCCGCUGCACGUUGACCAACUCCCCCAGGAGCCUCACGUGCUCGCUGUGCAGCUACUGCAAACCUCCGGACCCCCCCGGCGACCAGCCCCGCCCCCAGCGCUCCAGCAGCUGCUCUGGCCUGCUGAGGGCGCCGUCAGGCGAACGGAACCAGACGAAGGCGGAGAAAAGCAGCCGGUCCUGGGACUGCCUGCGCUGCACCCUGCAGAACACCCCCACCUCCAUGUCCUGCUCCGCCUGUGGGGGCCCCCGCAAACUCUCCCUGCCCCAGAUCCCGGCAGAGGCGCUGCUCAUGCCGGCAGUGUGCAGCCAGCAGGACGGGGCGGCGGGGGCGCUCUCCCUCUCCAUGCGGGGGGACAGUUCCCCGCUGGAAGCUUCACAUCCAAACACGGGUUCCCCCCCAGGCACCAACAACCCGGUCCCCUGCAGCCGCAGAGAGGUCCCCCCCCCAGAAACCGGCCCGAGGCUCAGACCGACGUCUCCUCAACCUCCAACGGCCCCGCAGCCCCCCCCACAGGCCGACCUGCUCAACACCCGGAGGCUCAGCGUCCUCAAAGAGGAGGCGUGUCCUUCGCCGUCUGCAUCAGACCCCCACCCUGCAGACGUCUGCGAGUGGUCCUGUCCGGCGUGCACCCUCAUCAACCAGGUCACGGCCAAACACUGCCUGGCGUGCCACACCCCCCAGCAGCUGAGAGCGGCGGCGUCCUCGGCGAGGCAGGAGAGCCGGCUGGUGGAGGCGCUGCGGCAGAGCGACGAGGGCGCGGCGCGGGGCCUGUGGGAGGACAUCGUCCGCUUCUGCAGACAGAACUCGGUGGUGUUUGUGGACGACAGUUUCCCUCCGAACUCCAAGUCUGUGGGCUUCCCGCCGGACGACGGCGUCCAGCAGCGCGUCAAGAAGUGGCUCCGACCUCAAGAGAUCAGCUGCUGCGGCUUCAGGGACCGCGGGCUCAGGUGGUCAGUCUUCCACACGGUGAGGCCGUCUGACAUCCUGCAAGGGCUUCUGGGUAACUGCUGGUUCCUGAGCGCCCUGGCGGUUCUAGCCGAGCGGCCGGAGCUGGUGGAGAGGGUGAUGGUGACCCGUUCGCUGUGUCCGGAGGGGGCGUACCAGGUCCGCCUCUGCAAGGACGGCUCCUGGACCACGGUGCUGGUGGACGACAUGCUGCCGUGUGACGAGAGCGGACACCUCCUCUUCUCCCAGGCCCAGCGGAAGCAGCUCUGGGUGGCUCUGAUAGAGAAAGCUCUGGCCAAGCUCCACGGAUCGUACUUCUCCUUGCAGGCGGGCCGCGCCAUCGAGGGCCUCUCCACGCUGACGGGGGCGCCCUGUGAGUCUCUGGCCCUCCAGGUCAGCGCCACCAACCCCAAAGAGGACCCCAUCGAUACGGACCUGAUCUGGGCCAAAAUGCUGAGCUCCAAGGAGGCGGGGUUCCUGAUGGGGGCGUCCUGCGGCGGAGGCAACAUGAGGGUGGACGACAGCGAGUACGAGUCUCUGGGUCUGCGACCGCGACACGCCUACUCCGUCUUGGACGUGCAGGACAUCGAAGGGCACAGGCUGGUGCAGCUCAGGAACCCGUGGGGCCGGUUCUCGUGGACCGGAGCUUGGGCAGAUGACUGGCCCGACUGGCCUCCACACCUGAAGAGGGCGCUGUGCACCAACCGGGGCGAGGACGGCCUGUUCUGGAUGGACUUUGAGGAUUUCACCAGGUUCUUUGACUCGGUGGAUAUCUGUAAGAUCCAUCCGGACUGGCAGGAGGUUCGUGUUCCGGGCCUUUUCCCUUGUGGAGCUGACGGUCCGGUGUCGGUUCUGGCCGUGACGGUUCUGGAGAGGACGGCGGUGGAGCUGGCCCUGUUCCAGCGAGGCAGCAGGCGCUGGGACACGGCGGAGAGCCACCUCCUGGACCUGUGCGUGCUGGUGUUCCGGGUGGCGUACGACGGCUGCGGCGCGCUGACGCUCGGCCGCCUGCUGGCGCACAGCCGGCGCUCGGUGAGGAGGUUCGUGGGCUGCGACGUCAUGCUGGAACCGGGGGAGUAUGGCGUGCUCUGCCUCGCCUUCAACCACUGGCAGAGCCUGGGCGGCGCCAGCGCUGGUGAGAGCUCCGCCCACACUCCGUUUCCUGCUGGUGGAACUAACCAACACCUGACAGCUCCUCCCCUUCCUGUUUCAGCGAGCAGGUCGGAGGCGCCGGGUUUCACGCUGGCGGUCUACAGCUCCAGACUGCUGAUGGUGGGGCGGGUCUCCGCCCCCAGCACCGCCAUGGCCGACGCCAUCAUGCAGCUGGCCGAGACCAAAGGAGAGCGGCACGAGGGUCGAGAGGGGAUGACCUGCUACUACCUGACGCACGGGUGGGCGGGGCUUAUCGUGAUGGUGGAAAACAGGCACCCCCGGCACCACCUGCACGUGUCCUGCGACUGCAGCGAGAGCUUCAACGUGGUGUCGACGCGCGGCAGCCUGAAGACGGUGGACAGCAUCCCCCCCCUGCACAGGCAGGUGCUGGUGGUUCUGUCUCAGCUGGAGGGAAACGCCGGCUUCUCCAUCACCCACCGGCUGGCUCACCGGAAGGCCGUCCAACCGUCUCUGGGGAACUGGAGUCCCUCCAAGGCGACCCACAGUCCCGCCCUGAACCCCGAGACCGCAGGUCUGCAUCAGCCCAGACCCUUAUGAAGUCCAGAGCUCCACAGAACCGGACCGGAGGAGCUUUGGAGCUCCGUCUGCAGCUGGACGGCUUCAGCAGCUGAGGCGAGCAGGAACACGCCGACGCGGAAACGAAACGGCGGGAAGCUGAGGAGGCGAUGAGGAUGAGGAGGAAGAGUUCUCACGGGAAACCGAAACCCCUAAAGAGUUUCUGCAAAGAUUCUGACUCAGCUUCAGUGUUGGAGAAUGUUUGUUUGUUUCAGAGCUCCUUUGAGGCUCCGCCUCCAUCUUGGCCAUUUCUCUGAUCUUCAUCUUCAUCACGUUCUCUACUGAGACGACAACGGAGUGUAAAACACACAAAGACAAACGACUUUUAAUAAAAAAGAAACAUUUUUUUAAAGUAUGAAGAAAAAACUUUAACAUUUAAAAUAAUUUAAAAUGAUGAUAAAUCAAAAUAAACUGAAAUUCAGCCAUAAAUAAAUAAACACAUUAAAGUGAAAUGAUUUAAAAAGACAGUCAGGAACGUUUGAAGCUGACGUGUCGACUGAAUAUCAAAUUAACAGUUUUUUAUUAAAACAUUUUUGGAAUUUUAAGAUCAAAAAAAUGUCAAAACUCUUCACAGCUGCAGGUUUAGUUUCCUUCAGCAUGUUUCUGGUUUUGCUGUGAACUUCAGGCUGUAGAUCCGGUUCAGGUCUUCAUAGAAGUGGAUUCAGGUUUUCUUUAAGCUUCAUGACUCAAACCAAACGGAUUUAGACGUAAAACCAGAAACGUUUCACACUCACACAACAUUUACACAACAGAUACACAACCGAUACACAACCGAUACACAACCGAUACACAACCGAUACACAACCGAUACACAACAGAUACACAAC